GGCGCCGGCGGCAGCUGUUCUCACUGCACCGGCUCCCGCGCGCUGCCCUUCCUUGGCGGGUGGGCUCCGCAGUCCCCCGCCGGCCGCUGCCCCUACCCGGGGCCGCCCCCAGUCUCCAUCCCUUUCCGCGGGUCCUUGCAGCUCAUCCCGGGGGCUCCCCUGCGGAGCUGGCUCGGGCACCCAACUUUGCCUCCUCGCCCAUCGCCCCCUCUGGGAGCGAACCUGCCUCCCCCCGGCCAGGCCUGGCCGCACGCCGGAGGACGGCCACCCCAGCCCGGAGUGCAGCAAGUGGGGGGGCGGCUGCUGCCUCGACUUCCCUUGCGGGCGCUGGAGAGAACCCUCAGACCGCUCCGGGGCCACAGGCGCUGGGUGACUGGCACAAGGAGAGCGCAUCGCACCUGAAUGGUCACUUUCUCCUGUGGAUGUCCAUCACGCGUGAGGCGCUGCACAAGCUGAUCUGAACAGGGAGAGUGAGGGAGAGAGCACCAAACUGUGUUGGUGUAUGGCAGUUGGGCUUGAGUGUGCAGAUGGCUACGGAUCCUUAGCGUGAUACAUGAUCGAAGAAACACUCCACCCUUUUCCUCCUGGGCACUUUCUCCACAUGACGGGAAGACGAGCUUCUGGUUAGAAGACACGUGCCCAGACUCAAAGGCUUCUGCCCACCAUGAAGGGCACCUGCGUCAUUGCAUGGCUGUUCUCAAGCCUGGGGUGGUGGAGACUCGCCCAGACAGAAACAGACGCAUCUCAGUGCCAGAGAGCGGAGCACCCGGUCAUUUCCUAUAAAGAAAUUGGCCCCUGGUUACGCGAGUUCAGAGCGAAGAAUGCUGUGGAUUUCUCGCAGUUAACAUUUGACCCAGGACAGAAAGAACUUGUUGUAGGAGCAAGAAACUACCUCUUCAGGUUGCAGCUUGAGGAUUUGUCUCUGAUCCAGGCUGUGGAGUGGGAGUGUGAUGAAGCAACCAAGAAGGCCUGUUACAGUAAGGGCAAAUCACAGGAAGAAUGUCAGAACUACAUUCGGGUGCUUUUGGUGGGUGGUGACCGGUUAUUUACCUGUGGGACCAACGCUUUCACACCUAUCUGCACCAACCGCACGCUGAGUAACCUGACCGAGAUCCAUGAUCAGAUCAGCGGGAUGGCUCGCUGUCCCUACAGUCCCCAGCACAAUUCCACAGCUCUCCUCACAGCCGGCGGGGAGCUAUACGCUGCGACGGCCAUGGACUUCCCAGGCCGCGAUCCCGCCAUUUACCGAAGUCUGGGCGUCUUACCUCCGCUCCGCACGGCCCAGUACAACUCUAAGUGGCUCAAUGAACCAAACUUCGUAUCAUCUUAUGACAUCGGGAAUUUCACCUACUUCUUUUUCCGAGAAAAUGCCGUAGAGCAUGACUGUGGGAAAACCGUCUUCUCCAGAGCUGCCCGGGUCUGCAAAAAUGACAUUGGAGGGCGUUUCCUGCUGGAGGACACCUGGACCACGUUCAUGAAGGCCCGUCUGAACUGCUCCCGCCCCGGCGAGGUCCCCUUUUACUACAAUGAACUUCAGGGCACGUUCUUCCUACCCGAGCUGGAUUUGAUCUACGGCAUCUUCACCACCAAUGUGAACAGCAUCGCGGCCUCUGCUGUGUGCGUCUUCAACCUGAGCGCCAUCUCGCAGGCUUUCAACGGCCCCUUCAAGUACCAGGAGAACUCACGCUCCGCCUGGCUGCCGUAUCCCAACCCGAACCCCAGCUUCCAGUGCGGCACGGUGGACCAGGGCCUGUACGUGAACCUGACAGAGCGGAACCUGCAGGACGCUCAGAAGUUCAUUCUGAUGCAUGAGGUGGUGCAGCCGGUGACCGCGGUGCCGGCCUUUAUGGAGGACAACAGCCGCUUUACCCACGUGGCCGUGGACGUGGUGCAGGCCAGGGACGUGCUCGUCCACACCAUCUACUUGGCCACAGAUUACGGCACCAUUAAGAAAGUGCGGGCACCGCUGACUGAGACCGCAGGCAGCUGUUUGCUGGAAGAGGUGGAGCUCUUCCCCGAGAGGCGGGGGGAGCCCAUCAGGAGCCUGCAAAUUCUUCACAGCCAGAGCGUCCUGUUCGUGGGCCUGCGGGAACACGUGGCCAAGAUCCUGCUGAAAAGGUGCCAUUUCCACCGCACGCGCAGCGCCUGCAUUGGGGCCCAGGACCCUUACUGUGGCUGGGACGUGGUGAUGAAGAAAUGCACGAGCCUGGAGGAGAGCCUGAGCAUGACGCAAUGGGAGCAGAGCAUCUCCACCUGUCCUACGAGGAAUCUCACUGUGGAUGGGCACUUUGGUGUGUGGUCCCCGUGGACGCCCUGCACGCACACGGAUGGCAGUGCCGUGGGAACCUGCCUGUGUCGCAGCCGCUCCUGUGACAGCCCAGCCCCCCAGUGUGGCGGCUGGCGGUGCGAGGGCCCCCGCAUGGAGAUCGCCAACUGUUCCAGGAAUGGCGGCUGGACCCCCUGGACCUCCUGGUCUCCCUGCAGCACCACCUGUGGGAUCGGCUUCCAGGUGCGGCAGCGAUCGUGCAGCAACCCCACGCCGCGGCACGGAGGCCGGGUGUGUGUGGGACAGAACCGCGAGGAACGAUACUGCAAUGAGCAUCUGCUGUGCCCCCCGCACAUGUUCUGGACAGGCUGGGGGCCUUGGGAACGGUGCACGGCCCAGUGCGGGGGCGGCAUUCAAGCUCGCCGCAGGACCUGCGAGAAUGGGCCCGACUGCGCGGGCUGCAAUAUGGAGUACCAGCCGUGUAAUACCAACCCGUGCCCCGAGCUGAAGAAGACCACGCCCUGGACGCCCUGGACGCCCGUCAACAUCUCUGACAACGGAGGCCACUACGAGCAGCGGUUUCGAUACACGUGCAAAGCCCGCCUACCCGACCCAAAUUUGCUGGAAGUGGGGAGACAGAGAAUCGAAAUGCGGUAUUGUUCUAGUGAUGGCACCAGCAGCUGCUCCACAGAUGGCCUUUCUGGUGACUUCCUGCGUGCUGGGAGAUACUCCGCCCACACCGUCAAUGGGGCGUGGUCAGCCUGGACGUCAUGGUCGCAGUGCAGCCGCGACUGCAGCAGGGGCAUCCGGAACCGGAAGCGGGUUUGCAACAACCCUGAGCCCAAGUAUGGGGGCAUGCCCUGCCUGGGCCCGUCCCUGGAGUACCAGGAAUGCAACAUUUUGCCCUGCCCAGUGGAUGGCAUGUGGUCUUGCUGGUCCCCCUGGUCAAAAUGCUCGGCGACCUGUGGUGGUGGACACUACAUGAGGACCCGCUCCUGUACAAACCCAGCCCCAGCCUACGGAGGUGACAUCUGCCUGGGUCUGCACACCGAGGAGGCACUCUGCAACACGCAGCCCUGCCCCGAGAGCUGGUCGGAGUGGUCAGACUGGUCUCAGUGUGAUGUGUCUGGAGCCCAGGUCCGCACCCGCCAGUGCAUCCUUCUCUUCCCUGUGGGCAGCCAGUGUUCUGGAAACACCACCGAGAGCCGGCCAUGUAGUUUUGAUUCCAAUCUCAUCCCAGAAGUGUCUGUGGCGAGAUCCAGUAGCGUAGAAGAGAAAAGGUGUGGCGAAUUCAACAUGUUCCACAUGGUCGCCGUGGGGCUGAGCAGCUCCAUCCUCGGCUGCCUCCUCACGCUCCUUGUCUACACCUACUGCCAGCGGUACCAGCAGCAGUCCCACGAUGCCACUGUCAUCCAUCCCGUCGCGCCCGCCCCUCUCAACACCAGCAUAACUAACCACAUCAACAAACUGGACAAGUAUGACUCGAUGGAGGCCAUCAAGGCAUUUAACAAAAACAACUUGAUCCUAGAGGAAAGAAACAAAUACUUCAACCCGCAUCUCACUGGGAAGACUUACUCAAAUGCUUACUUUACGGAUCUUAAUAAUUAUGAUGAGUACUAAUAACACGUAUAUUUUUGGCUUCUUGUUAUCCCCUCAUUCCUCAAAGCCUGUGCUCCAUGACUGCCCAUGUUUCCGAGACUUCAGAGAUGAAGUUUGGAUACAUUUCAAGUGCAUUUCAAGCCAUGAGUGUCCCAUUGCUGCCAAAAAUAGACGUCCUUAAAAGCAACAAAAAGCUAAACAUGACAUCGUGAAAUUCUGGUCUACAGUACUUGAUCAUUGUUCAAUGAGCCAUGGUGUAGAGUUGUUGUGCUUUUUUUUAAUUUUUUUAUGAUGUUCAGUUCAUUUUUCUAACAAAUCAAUUGUUCUCUUGAGCUUUUUAACAAAUAAACCACCUACAUUGGAAGGAGUCUUUAGAAAUAGGAACCUUUUCUUGCUCUUGAGCAAAAAUCUUCAUGAUGUUUUAAUUCAAGGAAAUAGUUGCUUUUUAUGAGAGCCCAGCCCCGCCCCUACCCCCCCCACACAUACACACACCAGGAGUGCUUAGGUCCAUAGUAUUAUUAAAAUGAAAAAUAUCAAUAUGGCAAUAUAGUGACUCACUGUGGAUCUCCUAUAUUCCCAAUCUGGAUAAUACUGUGGAAAUCUUGGAAGCAACUUGUGUUUUUGGAUAUGGACUAAUUCUUGCCUGAGGAAGCCCAGGAUUCGACCUGGCUUGCACCUGCAGAGGCGAUGGUAGAUGGUCUCCACACUUGGUCUUGAUGCAGUUAUUGUGUUACCGCUGGGAGAGGUGAACAGGAAGAACAGAGGCACAGACACAACGAGGGGGGAAAGUGUUCUGCAGGAUUGCUGUGAAACUAGCCUUAUUCUGACUUCUGAAUUUCAUGGCAUUCCAGGGAGCUCCUGGCCACGUGGUUGGCCCAGAAGCCCACCUGUCUGGUCCAUAGUAAUGCCCUGAAGAGCCGGUGUGUACAAUAACCACUUGUUCCACAUUUGAAUGGACUCUACACCUCUCUCCUACAAAAAAUAAUCUUGAACAUUCAUGAUGCCAAUGAAGAAAGUAUUGAAAGUACUGAAUCUCUCUGACAGAACUAAUGUAUGGUGAUCAGCCCCUAACAAGUGCAUUAAUGAGGUGUAAACUCGCUUUCUGCUACCUGUCGUACAUAAUGAACUGCUCCCCAAGUACCAAGCUGUCAUCGCUGCCUCUGGGUCAGGUGAGGAGGAGAUGUUUAGCUCUGAUGCCUUUGGUUUUUAAUCUCAGUGUUGCCUUCCCAUCCACUCAGUCCCACGGCUCCCUGCAUGGAGGUAACAGCAUUUCAAGAUAGACCUUGAGAAAUCAGGGUACCUAGAAAUAAGGUUUUUAAUGACCCUUGUGAUUCUGAGCUUUUAUCAUUGAUAAACAUUUCAGAGCAUUAGAAUUCUGUUCAUAGUGGUCCCAGUAGGGAAAAAAAAAAGGCUAAAUUACUCACCCACAACUAAUACAUAACAUAUGGCAGUUGGUUGAAUAAUUAUUGAAAGUAGGGACAAGAUUGAAAGUGUUCAUCUCAUGCCUUUGGGCAUUGCGAUAAAUAUCCUGGGUGGACAUUGAAACGUGUUUUUAUUGACCAAUGAACCUUUAGAUCUGGGAAAAUAUAUAGUAAUGGGCAUUGAGGGACACAAACUUAUUAGCAUACAAGUGUUUUUACUCUAUCCAAUUUAAAGAAACAAUUUCAUAAAGUGUUGGGUAAUCUUAUGUUUAGGAAUGUUGCGCUCAAAAUAUUCUCAUAUUCCCAAAUUUGCAGAAAUGACUCUGUGAAAAUUAAAAUUAAAUGGUAUGUGGGCUCUGGAAGCCUGAUGGAUUUCCAGGGAAUGGUGUUCCAGGUCUUUGCAGCAGGGACUUCAGGUUGAGCAUCGGCAUUGCUUGUCUUCUGUGGAGGGUCACACUGUGUCCAUGUGAAAUCCACAUUCAGGAGAUGCAGUGUCAUCAAAUGGUUUCCAAGUUGUUCUUGGAUUACAUUUUCACUGGAUGCUCCAGCCUGUCUCAUCACUUUCCCAUAAGAAAAAUGUCCUUACUAUGUAGCACGUUUUAGCUGUUUUUUGAAUCCCUUCCCCCAAUAUUUUCUAAGCUUAAAAGGUCAUUCCAUUUCCCCUAGGAAAGAGGAUACUGAUAUUUCAAAACACAUCACUUGGACGUCAUGAGAAAUGCUUUCUAAAUGAUAUCAAAGCUGGUCUUGAAUCAGUCUUAGCCAAUCAGUGGGGGAAAUACCCUCCUCCCACAAGAGAAUUUUCAUGUUGUUGAUUACAUAAAUCUUUGCAAUUAUCACUGCAAAGAAAUUCCCUCUUUUUUGUUCCCUGACACUCUAUUGAAAGGAAAAUCAUUCUGGCCUCCUCUCUCUUUCUGUCUGUCUCCUCUCUCUCUCUCUCUCAUCAGAUUCCAGUUGGUUUAGAAUAGCAUUAGCUGUAAUCUCAGUAUUUUCAUCAGCUAUGCACUGACUGGUUUUCCAUCCCUGCAUCUCUGUUGCUCACGUGUCUCUGCUUCACUCACGUCCACAUCUCUCAUUACUGAAAGAGCCCCCGCAGUGGGCUUUCCCAAGAUGCCCACUCUUCACUGGGACGUCGUGCUUCACACAACAGCUCUCCUUCAGGCCAGGAUGUUUGGGACUCCUGCCAAAAUGUUCUGGGAAUACUUGUCACAUUUUUCAUUUUGGUGUGAUUUUUCAUUCUCUUUUCUCUUUUACUAUAAGAAGCACAAUUAGAAAUUAAUACUUUUAUGCUGCACCAAGCAAUUUAAUCCUACUAAAGGACCCUAUGUUAAAUGACAUUAAUAACAGGUUAAUUUUUAGGGUUGUUUCUGGAUACCGUAGAAGUUUGGCUGGUUUUCAUUAGGAAACUGGCUUUAGCCUCACAUUUAAAUUCUUUGGAAGUGGUUCCCAGUGUUGAUCAGCGUCCUUUCUCUAGACUAGUCACCAUCUAUCGACACUGCAGUGCACCAACAUUUUACAGGAAGGAGAACACAGAAUUUCUAAAAUGAUUAUUCUAUACUCCUUUUCUUAAGAACUUGUGUUAAAGAUGCAUCAUACAUAUUUUUUGGAGCAGAUGGAUCAAAGUUUUAUUCAAUGGCCAUAUGUUAUAUUACCAAAAUUUGCUACAUGUUUUAAAAGCAUCAGAAAGGGAGACCUGUUCUCUUUUGAAAUUAUGGUUCACUCUGCAAAGGGAAUUAGAGCAUCAUCAAAACCAAAUUCAGAGCCUGACCCAGUGUACCGUUCCCAGUGAAAGCUAUCUCACAUAAUAUUGCUGAAAGAUCCUAUUAGUUCAGCCGUAAAAAGCAGUGAGGCUCCUUGCUCAUGACCAGGGCACAACCAAUUCUCAUUCAAGCAAACAUGUUUGACUUUGUUGGCACGAUGAGGGUAACUAGCCAAGGGCACUAUCAGACCUGAAAGGAGAAAAGGAGAGAUAGACACCGGUUGUGCGGCAUCUCUCGCUAACAAUUUUAUUGGGCUAGGAAUAAAAUCCAUUCCACUAUAUUUAGUCAGAAAUAUGAGGCCAGUGUUUCAAACAUGAUCCUGUUCUUUCUCAACUUGUUGGCAAUUUAAUGCCAAAUAGUCCAAAUAUUAGAUGAUUGGAAGUUCAAAUGGUAGUUCAAAUGGUUCGCAUGUUAAAUAAAUACAAGCUGGAAACAAAAUCUGGAGUUUGGAAAAUCCAAACUCUUCUGUCAUGUCACUAAGAAGAAAGCAAGCAUUAUUAGCCACCUCUGUAAGUCCAGAUAGUUUAAUUUCCUAUAAAAUGUUGCCAGUGCCUUGCUUAAGAUGAUGAUUUAUCGUUUCAUCUGGAUGUUAUCGGUUCCAAUUCAAAGCAGAGGAUUGAUUGGCUCUUCUUUGAAGAAAAUCCUUCUCGUAGGCCUCUCUGAACUCAGGAAUAGAAAAGGACUAAGAAGCACAUCAAUUUCAGAUGUGAUUUUCAUCCCCACUGGGGCUGUGAAGUUGCAGUAGGUGCAGUGGUGAGUUCUGAAUUAAGGUGAACUCAGCCUCACCUUCCAGAAACUGGCAUCGCUUUAAUGUCACAUCCUCCAGAAAACACCUUAGCAUUUGCUCUGUGGUAGGAAUAUCAGUGUGAUGCCUUUUUAUUACUGUGCCCCGUCAGGCAAGUCUACAGAUAGAGGAAAAUCAGACACGGGCUAGUGAUGGCUGCCACAGAUAAGGUGAAUGGAACAAGAAUGUUGCCUGCUUUUGUUUUCUAUAAUCAAUGUGAAAACUGCUUCGCAAAUUAACAAAGUUGUCACUCUUGAUUUAGGUUAAGAAAGUUAGCAGUGUUUUCUCUGCUGAAAUUGAUGGUUUUUCGCCUGUACCAUGACUAUUGGGCAAAAUCAAACUUGAAUUUCUACACUUUGAAAGAAAGCACAGUAUGAACCUUUCACCAAGCAGCUAUAUUCACCUCCAACGUUCUUACUGCCAUCAGCUAAGAAAAUGCACAAACUUGGUCCAAUGUAGGAUUCUUCAAAAGUGUGUAACAAAAUGUAUGUUCUGCCACUUGACGUGACUUUUGAAAAUGCUAUGAAAUGUUAAAUGCCUCAUUCUGUGUUAAUUUGCUGUUGCUCUUUUAUGAUACAAAAAUAAACUUACCUGGGAUUGUUUCA